AUUAAAACAAGGCCUGGUGGUCCCAGGUAUUCAUCAGAAUACCAGCGACAGUUUGCCUGGAAGCAACCAUGAAAAGAAUCACCUUUGAUGGCUGCAGAACAGAUGGUACAUACCUCUAAUGCAAACCUGGCUCCGUAUGUACCUGAUAAGAUACCCCGGCACACAGAAUACCAAAGGCAGUUCAAGCAGCAGAACCAUAAUGGCCCUUUGGUACAAGAUCAGCUCAUGCAGAAUGCACAGCAAGAGAUCAAAGCAAAGUACAGGGUCAAAACAAAGAGCAAACGAGGUAAGAAGCUGACCCCUGAUAAACAGCAACCAGCUGGAGUGCUAUCUGUAAUCUCACAUGAUGAUCCAAGACUCGUCAAAUCAUCUCAAAAUCCACAGAGACCUUUCUUUCCACAUGCAACAGUAAGAAAAUGGAGGUCAGAGUACAAGUCCAACUUCAAAACCCCUCAGGUGUUUAGUUAUGAGAAUGGAGUAUGGAAAGGUGCAGAUCCUCCUCAUGUCCAACCUAAAGGUGAGUCAUCAGAUAGAGGGGUCAAACCAGAGCACCUCACCAGGUCAAAGUCUGUAGGAGACUUACCCAACUGGUUCUCAGAAGUCUUAGAAUUACGUGAGAGGGCGAAAGAGUACCAGAAGCGGUCCCGAGGCACUAAUUUUACCAGGCAGCAUCUAGGUACUGGCUACUCAGGCCAAGUUAUGGGAGGAAUCCAGUGAUCAACUUAGUACAUCAAGCUCUAUCUCCACUCAAACAACAGGAUCAGA